AUGAAAGUCGAUUCUUCACCUUUCAACGAAAUUCGAGGGAAACUGUUUGUUUUGCGGAAGGAUAUGGAUUUCGAUUGGGAGCCGAGCGAUAACGCAGUGCUCAAGUUGCUGUUCUCUUUACGUCUUUCCGCAGCACUCUGGAGUAACAUCAGUGAUUGUGAUGAGGUGUAUAACUAUUGGGAACCUUUACAUCUCUUUCUGUUCGGCAAAGGGUUCCAGACAUGGGAAUAUUCUCCUGUUUACGCUAUAAGGUCAUAUUUCUAUAUCUACCUCCAUUAUAUUCCUGCAAAUCUACUAUAUCAUCUGUUGCCUUAUUCAAAAAUAGCGUUAUUCAUUACACUACGAUGUUGUAUUGGUAUUUUCACUCUCUUAGCUGAAUUUUCACUUUACAAAGCUGUAUGCAAGCACUUGAGUAUCAGCAUUGGUCGGUUUUUUGUCGUAUUUUCAAUGCUUUCCACGGGUAUGUUCAUAUCAAGCACGGCAUUUCUUCCAUCAUCAUUUGCAAUGACCAUGAAUAUGUAUGCAAUGGCGGCGUUCUUGAACGAAAAGUGGUUUUAUGCCAUUUUCUGCACUGCUGUUUCUACCAUUGUUGGUUGGCCUUUCGCUGCUGUCCUCGGUUUGCCAAUUGUUGUUGACAUGGCUCCGCUUAAUAUUGUUCUCUAUAACGUCUUUUCCGAACACGGUCCAGACCUUUACGGAGUUGAACCUCUAAUGUAUUAUGUGAAAAACCUUGCUUUGAACUGGAAUAUUGCCGCUGUUUUGGUUCCGUUCGCAGUUCCACUUUCAGCAUUUAAUUAUCUCUACUCUUGGCAGAUUUCAGAGGAACACAAGAAGUGGAGGAUGCAUGGAGAGUGGAAUUGUCAUUUAGCUAUACAUCCAUCCUACUGGCGUCAUUAUUCCUCCGUUUUCUUACUGUUUGCUUCUCUAUCCGCAUGGUGUAUUAUCUUCUUCAGCCGACCUCAUAAAGAGGAGCGUUUCCUUUUUCCUAUUUAUCCACUAAUUGCUCUUCUGGCUGCUAUUUCUUUGGAUUCUGCCGAACGGUAUGUUUUAUCUCCAGUGUGGUUCUUUUGCCUACAAAGACUGGACUGUCCUUUUUCGAAUAUAAUUUUUGCAAAUUGGCUUGCAGUGUUGUUUUUCAUGCUUGCUUCAAUGUCAAGAACUUUCGCUCUUCAUAAGAAUUUUAGUGCACACAUUGAGGUUUACAAAAGCUUGAAUGAGCACUUAAUGGAUCACCAACGUGAACUGGAUUUUUCCAAACGUGGGGAUCUAGAACGGGCUUCAACUAUGGAUGCUCAAGCCAGUGUCGAAGUUAUGAGUCCUGAAAAAAUCAAAUGUGUUGUCAAGGACGUAAUGCAACGAGCAGCUGUUUUGGUUAAAGUAGCGAACGAUCUACCCAGACGUGGUGAUGAUUUCGAGUUAUGUAACUCAUUCAGCACAUUCACCGCUUUCAUGGAGCAACAAGAAACGAGGAUACGUUUGAUGUUGACCAGCUUAAUGCGAAACGCCGGUUGCCCUACAAGAAUGCCGAAAAUGAAUUCGGAUGUGGAUGAAUAUUUGGAAAGGAUUGUGAUGGUCGAUGAUCAUGUAGUAGAAAGAGCGGGAAUUGUUAUGGACGAGUUGGAUCGAGGUGGCCGUGAAGAUGUGGAAAUCCCUAAAACAGUUAUCGGCGCGGAAUCAGUUAAGAAAAGAAAGGCAGAGGCAGAAUCGAUGUUCCAAGAGCAAGUACACACUUCUGAUCCAGGGUCAGUUCUUGCGGAGCGACUGCGGCUUACUCAACAAGAGGCGAAAUAUGCAAAAGUUGAAGAUUUAUGUGAAAAACCACAGAAGAAGUACGGUUUUGAAUCAUCCAUUGAUAACUCUUAUAACAUCUUUAUCCCGAAACUUUUGAAUAAGCAUCAUGCUCUUCCAAGGAAGAAAACCUCCGGGAUGGUAAUAAUUGAUGAGGACAUGGGGAGUGAUGAAAGUAAACGGAUUUGUUUGCAGGAUUUCUUGGAUAUCAGUAAAACUCCGCUCACUAUGGUGGAAACUGUUGAAGAUUUGAGGAGAUUGAGAGAUGUGUUAAAUUCCUGCGUAGAGUUUGCUGUAGAUUUGGAACAUCACGAUUUCCGAAGUUAUCUGGGAUUGACUUGCCUUAUUCAAAUAUCGACAAGGACUGAAGAUUAUAUAAUCGAUCCUUUCCCGAUAUGGAAUGAGAUGCAUAUACUAAACGAACCAUUCACAGAUCCCAAAAUUUUAAAGGUGUUCCAUGGCGCUGAGCACGACAUUGAAUGGCUCCAAAGAGAUUUCGGAAUUUAUGUUGUGAACAUGUUCGAUACCGGCAGGGCCAUGCGACAGCUAAAAAUGCAGAAGUUUAAUUUACGGUACCUUGUUCAUCACUACUGCGGGAUUUCCCUUAAUAAGAAAUAUCAGCUGUCGGAUUGGAGAGUGAGGCAAGUACCUUUGGACAGUGAUAUGAUUACCUAUGCUCGUAGCGACACUCACUAUCUUUUAUAUUGCUGCGACCGUCUUCGAGAGGACUUACUAGGAAAUGGAGAUAGUAAUCGAACACUUUUGCGCCUAGUUUACUCUGGAAGCGCUUCCAUAUGUUCAAGGGUGUAUCAAAAACCGAGUUUCGAUACGGAUGGAUUUCAUGGUUUAGAACGUCGUUUCGUUAACAACCGUCAAGAAACUGCAAUGCAAGUUUUAUGGCAUUGGCGUGAUCGUAUGGCUCGAGAAGAAGACGAGAGCGUACAAUAUAUACUUCCGAACCACAUGUUAAUUAGAAUUGCUGAGUCGUUGCCUCGAGAACUUCAAGGAAUUUUACAUUGCUGUAAUCCAGUCCCACCACUGGUUAGAGAAUUGAUAUUAAAAUGUCGUGAUCUUCCUCUGAUUGAAUACAAAAAUGAAGUAAUGGAUGAAGUGACCGAGGAGCUGCUCCGUCGAAGGAGAAUGCUUGGCAAAUAUACGAAGGAAAAUAUUUUUAUUAUAUGUCCGUUGGACUUUUCGCAAACAGGGUUUGACGAAGAAAGUGGAAAUCAGAUGUGUUCGUCAAAAGUGGACGAUACUUCUGUUAUUGAACGUAAUCCGACAAACACUUUAUUGUCGGUGCUGGAUUCUGCCAACGUAAUCGGAAACAAUCUCACCGGAGAUUGUGGUGCUUACACAGUUGUUGACAAGGUUUCUCAUUUUCUAAUCGUUGACAUAAACAAUAGGACGCGUGUGGCGCAGUGGUCGGAGGCGCCCAGCGACACACAAGUGGAAUCGUUCCCCACGCCCAUGGCCCGCCAAGCUUUCCAUCCCUCUGGGGUCGGCAAAUUGGUACCAGAUUUGUCUGGGAAGAUAGCAGCACUGGCUCGAUACAUCGGUAGGCCACCGCGGGCCAUUGUAAAGGCCAGAUGUGCAUUCAUUCACUAA